AUGUACUCCGCCCAGCAAAGCGGCGCUGAUAACGCGACGAUCAAUCCCGCCGCUCUCAACUCGCCUGGUAUCUCUCACCCGCCACUGCGCAACCUUAAGCGCAGCCACUCCCCGGACCUCUACGACACGCCGCAACCCGGCAAUGACGGUGAUUCUAGGCCGCUUCGGAAACGAGGAAGACCGAUGAAGGCGAGAACAUCAGGGAGCAUUUCCGAGGCUCCCGGACAGGCUCCGGCCUCGCUCCCCCAGGCGAUUCCCCCGCCGCAGACACCUCAGUCUCAGAACACAGCAUUGCCGCAAGCCAGUCCCGCGUACACGCCCGCUCCGACGCAGAUGCCCCCCAAGACCACCCCGACGAAGUCGACGCUCAAGGCGCUACCGACCGUUCGAGAUCAUACGACCGACCAGCUCAAUGCGACCGGCGAUGAAUACCUCCCGCGCGAGAUUGACGAAUUUGGAGAGAAGAAGGUGCAGCCCAAUGGCACACUAAACGGAAAUCGGGAGUACAAGUGCCGGACCUUCUUGGUCCCUAACAGAGGGGAUAAGUUAUUCAUGCUUGCCACCGAGUGCGCAAGGGUGUUGGGCUACCGAGACUCGUACCUUUUGUUCAACAAGAACAGGUCCCUCUUCAAGAUGAUUGCAACCCAGGCCGAAAAGGAUGAUCUGGUCCAACAGGAGAUUCUUCCGUUCUCGUAUCGCUCGAGACAAAUCGCCAUUGUCACUGCCAGGUCCAUGUUCCGACAGUUUGGAAGCCGUGUUAUUCGCGACGGUCGAAGAGUUCGGGAUGACUAUUGGGAAACCAAGGCCCGGAAACAAGGCUUCACCGAGGCUGAUCUUGCUGGAGAGAAGCGCCCCGGCGCAACCAAGGCCAGAGAGGCGGCUGAGGCCCAGAACAACGUCCUGCUGGCUGGCCCGCACCCAGAGAUCGUGUACAGCAAUAACCCUGGACCCUUCCCCGGCCCCCCGCAGCCGCACCUCGUCCAACCAGGUAUGAUCGGACCACCACCCGGGACCACCACCAGAAUGCCUGGAUUGACACUAGGAUCAGAACUGAGCGAUUCCCGGCCACGCGAUUACUCGGGAAUCCUCAAAGGCGGACCUCGCCAGGAGAUCACCGGCCCUGCUUACCAAGACCAGACCCGUCCCUCGCCUCUUGGAGAGCUCAACGCCCAGGCUCACCAUGCCGCCGACUUCAGCCGGUCAGUUAACCAGCAGCGGGAGAUGCGCAACGAAUACCUCACAGGGAUGUGGCGACGAUCUCACGAGCAACCGUCUUCGAACCUGACCCAGCAGCCCGUGGCACCGGCCGACACGUCGGUUGCUACCAGCAGGCCGUCGCAUUCACCACAUACCACGGCGACGGCCAUCUCCCAGCAGCCUGGAAUGGUUUCUACGCAGAGUCCGCAGAUGAUGAUGACGACAGCGCCUUAUUCUCAGUCUAUCAGCGCCCAGAGCAACCUAACUCAGGCGCCCAUGAGAGGUAUGGCCCACUCUCCAACGCAGUCGAGCACAAGGCCAACACCUACUCUCCCAGGUUCGACCAGCUCCCUGUCGCAGGGAACGCCCAGCUACAACUACCAGUCGGGCCAGAGCAUGUGGCCGCAGGCUCAGACGCAGCAACACACGUAUGGUAGUUACACGGCGCAGUCGCAAGCGCCCCAUCCAUCGCAGUCGCCUGCGUCACAUCUGCGCCAGUCGAGCUCGGGACAGAUGCAGACCAACAUGCAGUUCCCCGGCAUGGCAAGCAUGCAGUACGGUGCGGGUCAGAGCAUGUACCCGACAGAUCAGACGCCUCGGCAAUACAUGCCCCAGGGUGGAGCCGGAGGGCCGGCGGUCACUCAAGGCUGGUCUGGUCAGCAUUCGCCGGCGCAGCAGCAGUGGUGGACUCCUGGGCAGCAGCCACAAUAA